AUGCAGAAGGCUAAAGCACAAGAAGAUAGUUUAUCUCAAGAGGGCGUAAAUAAGAACUUAACUUUAACUUUUGAAGAAGUAAAUAAUUCAAUACCUGCAUUUAGAGAUGAUUUCCCAACUAAUGCAGGUGAAAUUAAACAGUUAAGAAGGGAAGAUUUGUUAAAUGAACAUAGAAGAAAGCAUUUAGAAAGCUAUUAUAAGAGUUCUGCAGAAUGGUCUAAUUAUGAGAAGCGGCAGAGAAACAAUGAAGAACUUGAGAUCAAGUCAUUGAGUUCAUUUAUUCAUGACUUAAUUUUAUUGUCUCCAAAAACUAAGGAAGAGUAUGAAAACGUAAUCAACAUUCUUAGAAGGCGUCAUAAGAUUGCUCCAAGUAAGGCUCAAAUUAUAAGAGUGUAUGAAGAAUUAGUUUCUCAAAUGGGGAUAGAGUUUUCGAGUAAUGACAUUAACAUGCUAUUUCAGGAAUAUAAUUCAAAAAAUAAUCAAUCUCAGAUAGGAAGCAACUUGGAAAAAACCUUGCUUUCUAAGAAGGCUGUUAGAAGUCAGUCUGGAGUAGUAGUUAUUACGAUAUUAACUUCUCCUGGGGCAUUCUCUUGCAAACAUGAUUGCCAUUAUUGUCCAAAUGAACCUGGGCAGCCUAGAAGUUAUCUUUCAACAGAACCUGCAGUAUUAAGAGCCAACCAAAAUUCAUUUGAUGCCAUAAAGCAGUUUAGAGAUCGAUCAAUUACGCUAAAAAACAAUGGACAUAUAAUAGACAAAAUUGAGAUACUAGUUUUAGGAGGAACUUGGAGUGGAUACCCUAGAGAGUACCAAGACACCUUUAUUCGUGACAUUUAUUAUGCUGCAAAUACUUUUACAAAUAAAAAUAAUAUUUAUGAUAACAGAGACUAUAUUGAUAGAGAAAAGCUUUCUCUUUCUCAAGAAGUUGAACUUAACCAAACUGCUGAGUGUAGAAUAAUAGGGUUAACAUUAGAAACAAGACCGGAUUACAUCACACUAGACGAAAUACUCCGAUUAAGAGAAUUUGGAUGUACUAGAGUCCAGCUCGGAAUUCAACAUACUGAUUAUUGGGUUUUAAAACUCAUUAAUAGAGGUUGCUAUUUGCGACAAAUUGUUAAAUCAAUUAGAUUACUUAAAGAUACAGGGUAUAAAGUUGAUAUUCACUUAAUGCCAGAUUUACCGAAUCCCUAUGAUCAUACAAACACAAACGAACUCAAUUUAACUGAAGAUGAAAGUAUCAUGCUGUCAAAAAAACUCAAUUUACUUAAAGACUUACAGGCAUAUAUAGGAUUUGAUAAUGCACAAACUUUGGGUGUAGUUAAUGACUAUUUAAUGCUUUCUAAUGUUCUAAGCGAUCCAAAACUUCAAUGCGAUCAAUGGAAGCUUUACCCAUGCGAAGUUGUACCAUUUUCUAAAAUAGAGGAAUGGUAUGAAAACAAAGCGUACCUUCCAUAUGCAGAGAUUUUUCCAGAUACACUUUGUUAUCUAUUAUUAUCAUGUAAAGUUGGGCUUCAUCCGUGGAUUAGAGUUAAUAGAGUCAUUAGAGACAUACCAAAUCAAAGUAUCAUUGCAGGUAACAGUUGUACAAAUUUAAGGCAAAUGAUCCAUGACAAGAUGAAAGCCCUAAAUUUAAGUUGCAGAUGCUUAAGAUGUAGGGAAAUCAAAGAUAAACAUAUGAACCAUAAACAUAUAAAUCAAAUAAAUACAAAUUCUAAUGACAACUCAAAUGAUAAGGAAGAAAACAACAAUAAAUUAAAAAUCAAAAAAACCAAAAAAAUUAAGAAAAAUACAAGAAAUAAAGAAAAUGGCUUAAAUACAAAGGUUAGAGACAUGCAAAUUGUAUUAAGAAUAAGAAAAUAUGAUAGUUUUGGAGGGGCCGAAUUUUUUAUUUCUGUUGAAUCAAAGGAUGAGAUUGACCUUUACGGCUUUAUCCGUUUGAGGGUUAGAUUCAAAGAUGAAGAAGUAUUGACUCAAAAUCAAUGUAGUUUAAAAAAUGAGAAUGAAGAUGAAAUGAAUAGUAAGUAUUCCAUGGACGAAUUUAUUGAAGAUAGUGAGGAGAUUUUGGAGAAAUUUCCAGUUUUGAAAAAUUCAGCGCUAAUUAGGGAGCUACACAUUUAUGGAACUGUUGUUCCACACUACGUAAAUGAAAAAGAAUCCGAUUCUGCAGUACAACACAGAGGAUUUGGUAAAACUCUGUUGAGAACUGCUGAAUACUUAGCUUUUAUCCAUGGGUUUUCUCGCAUUGUAGUUAUUUCUGGUGUUGGGGUGCGUGAGUAUUAUGCCAACAAUGGGUACUUUCUUCAAGAUACAUAUAUGGUGAAGAAUAUAGAUUCUCCGUCCAUUAAUAAUGAAUUUGAUAUUUAUUUUUUGGACUGCAGUUUAGAAACUGAUUUAUUUAAAACACUAAAUUAUAUAAGAUCUAUCGAGUGCAAUAAUCAGUUGAAAGGACGCAGUGAUAAUAGCAAUAUACCUGGGCUGGCCAGGUAUAAAGAAAUGAAGUUUGAAAACUAUGCUAACACCAUUAAUAUUCAGAUUUAUAAUAACGCUUUGAAAAUUUUGCCUGUACAAGUAAAUAAUAUUCAAUAUAAAAAUAUGAAAAAUUCUGCAAUAAAAAAUGUAUUAAAUAAUAUUAAAUGUUUAGUAUUCAAUCAUUUUAACAACCGAUUCUCUUGGAUUGUUGGAAUAAGUAUAUUUACUUCAUCCAUAUUUGGUUUAAGUUAUUUGAGAUCUAAAGGAAGACUAGUUUAG